AUGUGCCGUGCUCCAUCAUUGCAUCGCUUCGGCCUUCGUGGUGAUACUAUUGAGUGGGGAAAUCCUGACACGGGCGACGGAGUAAUAAGAAAAUUGUAUUCCGACGCUAAAGAUGCCGUUUUGACGGAUACCCCCCAGGAGUUACCAUCUUCAGUGUUGAGUGAGCUUUGGGAGAAGUAUAAACAUCGUUUUCCAUCCAUCCCAACCGAUUUCGACUUCUAUGAGCGCAUAUCUCGUGCGAAGAUAACGCGGAUUAAUGUGCACGGUUGCGAGAUUGAGGUUCGUCAAUGCGGCUUAGGUCUACCAUGGUUCAUUGAUGAAGCCAAUCGUAUUAAGUUAAUGGGUUGUUUCGAACCAGGUUCCAUAGAAGCAGCUUCUAUGCUAGACAAUUCAAUUCAUCAUCGCAUUCCAUUUUUGGAAGACAGCACCAGAUGGUUGGCAUUGCCAGGCGCACUGGCGUCGUAUCUGCCGAAUGUGCGAGUAGUUGAGCACCGCAGCGACAUAGAUGGGUACGAGUACGUCACUGUGUUGCACGACUCUGAGCGCAAUUACACGUGGACGUAUGAGAAAUCUACGCGCCAGCGAGCGUCAUCUUUUGAUGGGAAGGGCGCUUUGGAGUUAUACGAAUUAACUGCUUCUGGCAUAAGGCCAAUCCGCGCCGAAUGUGUUUCUAAGUACAAACCUUUCGUGCCGGUUGAUUUCUUUAAUGUUCCACAGAAUGUGACCCAUUUCUUUCCACGUAAACCGUUAGACACGGGCGUUUUCCGGUUGCCCAAGCUGGAUGAUGUGUUGAAUAUAAAAAUGCGUAACAUGGACCGUGACCACGCCCUGGAAUCGUCGAAAUCGAAAGCCCCCUUCGGUUACUUGCAAACCUACCAAAACUUUUGGAAGACGGUUUCAACACGUGAGCAUCAGUCUGGCGCCAUUGUACGUUAUCGCCGACUUGGCAAAGGCGAUUUGGUGGUUUCUGAUAUUUGCUUGGGCACAAUGACGUUUGGCAACACUGUAGAUGAGGCGUGUGCUGCACGUCUGCUGGACUUUGCGUUUGACGAAUUUGGAGUAAAUUUCAUCGACACCUCCGAACUAUAUCCUUUGCCUGCGUCUGAGGAUAGUCACGGGGUGGAUUUCGCGACGUGGACCUUUAGAGAGAUCGAAGAUGGUGCUGGCUACGAAGAUCGCAAGUCGCAGCCCACAUUUAUCGUGGCUACGCCCCAGUCACGCAUUUUUAGCGCCUGUGAACUGUCUAAAUCACACAUAAUAAGGGCGGUUGAUGGCUGUUUGUCGCGUCUGAAGACCGAUUAUAUCGACCUGCUCCAGCUGCAUUGGCCGGACCGCUACGUGCCAAUGCAUGAGAGCGGCGAUUUCAGCGACGUGUUAUUCGAUGCUGAGCGUGCGGAGAGCAGUGAUUCGGUGCCGAUGGAGGAGCAAGUGGACGCAAUUCGAACGCUUAUUUCUCAGGGAAAGAUUCGCCACUGGGGCCUGUCGAACGAGACCCCUUGGGGGGUGUUGCGAUUCACCCAGCUGGCCAAAGAGGCAGGUAUUGAGGGUCCCGUUUCAGUGCAGUUGAACUACAACCUGCUUUGCCGAAACGAUGUUGAGAAGGGCUUUGUGGAGCUAUGCCGCCCGCACAACACAGGCAUUGGCAUUCUGGCGUACGGCCCUCUGGCUGGCGGCGUGCUGACCGGUAAAUAUUUGGAAUACGUGGACACCACCACAUCCGGUCGUUUGUUGCGUUACCCGUCAUACAUGAAACGUUAUCGCGGCUCGCUGGCUGCACGUGCUGUGAAGGAGUAUUACGACAUAGCGAUGUCCUACAAGUACCCUAAUUUGUGCGCCCUUGCUAUGCGUUGGGUGUUAACACGUCCGUUCAUUUGCAGCACGAUUAUUGGGGUGAACGACAUGUACCAGUUACGCGAGAAUCUGCACUGCUUGAACCCGUGCCUCGGCGUGACCGAUCUCAUGGAGCGCGAGAUUAAUCAGUUGCACUGGAAAUGGCGCGACCCGCUCCGCAUAUGCCAAUAA